UGGAGAUAUCAGUGUCGACGUUAGAGCUGCCCUCUAUUCUUAGGUGGCUCUCCAUCUGGGCUGUGCAGGCAAGGCAGACCGGGUGGCUUCCCUGUCGGGCUGGGGAGGGCGAGGCUAAGGGUGACCGGUGCACCAAUCCUGGGAUGGCUUACAGCGUGACCCUCACUGGCCCAGGACCCUGGGGCUUCCGUCUCCAGGGGGGCAAGGACUUCAACAUGCCACUCACCAUCUCUCGGAUCACUCCUGGCAGCAAGGCAGCCCAGUCCCAGCUCAGCCAGGGGGACCUUGUGGUGGCUAUCGAUGGUGUGAACACAGACACCAUGACCCACCUGGAGGCCCAGAACAAGAUCAAGUCGGCCAGCUACAACCUGAGCCUCACCCUGCAAAAGUCAAAGCGCCCCAUUUCCAUCUCUACCUCAGCUCCUCGGAUUGAGUCUCCAAUGCCAGUGAUUCCCCAUCAGAAGGUUAUAGUCAACUCUCCUGCCAACGCGGACUACCAGGAACGCUUCAAUCCCAAUGCCUUGAAGGACUCUGCCCUGUCAACUCACAAGCCCAUCGAGGUGAAAGGGCUUGGGGGCAAGGCCACCAUCAUCCAUGCCCAGUACAACACGCCCAUCAGCAUGUACUCACAGGAUGCCAUCAUGGAUGCCAUCGCUGGCCAGGCCCAAGCUCAGGGCAGCGAGUUCAGCGGUAGCAUCCCCGUUAAAGAUCUUGCAGUAGACAGUGCUUCCCCCGUGUAUCAGGCUGUGAUUAAAAAUCAGAACAAGCCUGAAGACGAAGUGGACGAGUGGACCCGCCGCUCCUCCAACCUGCAAUCACGCUCCUUCCGAAUCCUGGCGCAGAUGACUGGCACGGAAUUCAUGCAAGACCCUGAUGAAGAGGCCCUAAGGAGAUCAAGUGGCAAGGACAGUUCGAAGGAGUCAGCAGGAAGAAGUACCCCCAUCGAGCAUGCUCCGGUGUCUACCAGCCACGCCUCUGCUCCGCCGCCAGCUUCUGCCCAUCUGCCUGCUACUGCUGCUGCCAGCCCAGCUCGCCCAGCAUCACCCCCAGCUACCUCCACCACCUCUGUCUCUGCUGACAGCCUCUCGCCUGCUUUCCAAAGGAUCAUUAGCUCUUCCUAUUCCCCGGCGGCUUCGGCAUCCCACGUUCCUGCCACCUAUAAUGAAGCUCCUGCCACCGCUCCUAAGCCCCGGGUGGUCACCACUGCCAGCAUCCGGCCUUCAGUCUACCAGUCAGUACCAGCAAGCAGCUAUAGCCCAGCACCAGCCACCAAUUACAGCCCAGCUCCAGGAGCAACCUACAGCCCAGCCCCUGCGUACACUCCAUCUCCGGCCCCAGCCUACACCCCGUCCCCAGCUCCUUCCUAUAACCCUUCCCCAUACAGCCCAGCCCCAUCGGCAGCCUACAGCUCCAGCCUAGCGGAGCCAGCCAGCCGCCCACCAUGGGUGACUGAUGACAACUUCUCUCAAAAGUUCUCCCCUGGGAAGACCACCACCUCGAUCAGCAAGCAGAUUCUUCCUCGGGGUGCUCCGGUCCCAUCACCAGGCUAUACUCCUGCUGGCACCCAGGUACCCACAUUAGCCCGAGGUACCAUCCAGAGGGCUGAGCGCUUUCCAGCCAGCAACCGGACUCCUCAUUGCGGACACUGUAACAGCAUCAUCCGGGGUCCCUUCCUGGUUGCUAUGGGUCGCUCCUGGCACCCAGAAGAGUUCAACUGUGCCUACUGUAAGACCUCUCUAGCCGACGUGUGCUUCGUGGAGGAGCAGAAUAAUGUGUACUGUGAGCGCUGCUAUGAGCAGUUCUUUGCCCCACUGUGUGCCAAGUGCAAUACCAAGAUCAUGGGAGAAGUGAUGCACGCUCUGAGGCAGACUUGGCACACCACUUGCUUUGUCUGUGCAGCCUGUAGGAAGCCUUUCGGCAAUAGUCUCUUCCACAUGGAGGAUGGGGAGCCCUACUGUGAGAAAGAUUACAUCAAUUUGUUCAGCACCAAGUGUCAUGGCUGUGACUUCCCUGUGGAAGCUGGAGACAAGUUCAUUGAGGCCCUGGGCCACACUUGGCAUGACACUUGCUUCAUCUGCGCUGUCUGUCAUGUGAAUUUGGAGGGACAACCCUUCUACUCCAAGAAAGAUAAGCCACUAUGCAAGAAACAUGCUCACGCCGUCAAUAUCUAAAAGAAGUUAGAAGCCCCUGGCAUCGGAGGAAACUCGAUGGCCAUCCCUGUUAACUACAAAAAAGGAUAAAUCACAAUGGAAAACUUUUCUUUCUGUAGGGGAGGGAGAGGAGCUAGGAAGCCCCUGAGAUCUUUUGAAUUUUAGUCCUUCUUCUGUACACAAGAACAUGAUUUGCCAGAAGCCAACCCAAGUCUUUCCCUCAAGGAGCCGGUAAUUAAUCCAAGACUGGAAUGGUACUUCCAAAGCUGAGGACACAAUUGUGAGCACUCCAGAGUAUGAAACUAAAAGCAACUUUUCCUAAGAAAUACAAAUAUGCUCUUGAAUAAGCUCAGCAAAGUAGCCGUUAGAGUUCUGGUCAUUCCUUUGCUGGUAUUUAACGAGAGCCCAGAAUCCUUUUGAAGAGCCCUCUAGUCUGUAGCUACAGCUGGCAGAAAGAAAAACAAAAAGUCAUAUGCCAAAAAAAGUUCCAGUUGUAGCAUAUUUUUAGGCCUGGAGCUGGUAGUUUGUAAAGUAAGAUAGAUCCAGGCAUUCCUCACCAAAAAAGGAAGCAUUAUUCCAUUAUUAAUACAAUGGUGCUAACUCCCAAAGCAUCAAACUAGAGGCCUUUAAAUAAAUCACCCUGAAGCAUUCUCCAUACCAUAAAGGGUCAUCAAGAAUUUUUAAAAAUUGAGUGCCAAGUCAAAAGAAAGGGGUCAUAUUCUAGGAGAGACUGGGACAUUGAAAAGGAUAAAGCAA